AUGUCAAAGAAACUUAAAACAACACCUCGUCAAAUAAUAAUUAGGGAAAUCAAACCUAUAAUUCCAAAUGGAGAUUUGCUUGCUACUGAUUUGAUGAAUGAUGUUAAGUAUACUAGCACAGAUUCUAAAUCAUCCAUUCAAGGAUCAUCACAUUGUAUAGUUGACGAUGGAAAAAUUAAAUCGAAUUAUUUUGAGUACGAAAUGCAUAAUGACAUUGAUUCAAUGAGAGCUUCAGAGAAUAAGGAAAUAUUAAAUAACGAUGAGCACCUGAAUAAAACCGAUCAAAAACAUUUACUUUUAAAAACAGAUGAAUUAAUUCAGGCAGAUUUGCCAUAUACCGAUGAUAUUAU